CCCUUCUCCAGGGCAGGCCCGGCCAGCCCCGGGAGCCACCUGGACGGCGUCGCACCUCCCGCGUCGGGGCGGGGUCAAGAGGAAGCGCGCGCUCUUGACGUCAUUGCCGGGCGCCGGUGCCUCCGCUUCUGCCACUUCGCGGGAGAAGUUGUUGGCGCCAAUGGAUCCCGAGUCCCGAUAACGGAUUCCCCAGCCCGCCGGCCUUCCAGCCUGCUCCUUAGUCCUGGGGCUGCGAUGGAUAUUCGGAAAUUCUUUGGAGUUAUACCAAGUGGAAAAAAACUUGUAAGUGAAACAGUAAAGAAGAAUGAGAAAACAAAGUCUGUUGAAGAAACUUUAAAAGGAAAGAAAGGAAUAAAGGAAAUCAAGGUAAAUAGCUCUUGUAAAGAGGAUGCCUCCAAACAGAAGCAACCAAACAAGAAAAAGAGGAUUAUCUAUGAUUCAGAUUCAGAAUCAGAGGAGACAGUGCAGGUAAAAAAUGCCAAAAAGCAAUCAGAAAAAUUGCCAUUGUCUUCUAAACCUAGUAAAAUUUUGCGGAAGGAUCCUGUUACAUACAUUUCAGAAACAGAUGAAGAUGACGACUUUAUGUGUAAGAAAGCAGCCUCUAAAUCAAAAGAAAAUGGAAGAUCUACAAAUAGUUAUCUUGGAACAUCAAACAUGAAAAAGAAUGAAGAAAACACUAAGACCAAGAAUAAGCCUUUAUCACCAAUAAAACUUACACCAACCUCAGUGCUUGAUUAUUUUGGAACUGGAAGUGUCCAAAGAUCGGAUAAGAAGAUGGUAGCAAGCAAAAGAAAACAACCUUCACAGAAUACAAAUGAUUCCAUAUUAAACGAUGAAGUCAUCGCCAAGCAAUUGCAACUUGAUGAAGAUGCAGAGCUGGAGAGGCAAUUGCAUGAAGAUGAAGAGUUCGCCAGAACAUUAGCCAUGUUGGAUGAGGAACCCAAGACCAAAAAGGCCCAAAAGAACACUGAAGAGGGAGAAACGUUUUCAUCUGCCCAAGCCAAUUUAAGUAAACCAGAAAAACAUAAAUAUUCUCAUAAAGAACAAUUUUCAAAUGCAAGAAAGAGCUAUAGUCCUAAUAAGCCAACUAAGUGUGAAAACUCAAAAGAAUCUCAGCAACAUUCCAAGUCAUCAGGAGAAUCCUCUUCUCCAAAGGCCAGUUCUAAGUUGGCACUUAUGAAAGCAAAAGAAGAGAGUUCCUAUAAAGAAACAGAGCCUGUGGCCUCAAAUAGAAAAGACAGUGCCAAUGAGUUGAAAGGAGAGAAGAAAACUCCUAAGAAAACCAAAGGUUCUCCAGCUAAAAAAGAGUCUGUAAGUCCAGAAGAUUCUGAAAAGAAACGAACUAAUUAUCAAGCUUAUCGAAGCUACUUAAAUCGAGAAGGUCCCAAAGCUCUGGGCUCCAAAGAAAUACCAAAGGGAGCUGAAAAUUGCUUGGAAGGCCUUAUAUUUGUGAUCACAGGAGUGCUGGAGUCCAUUGAACGAGAUGAAGCCAAAUCUUUAAUUGAACGUUAUGGGGGAAAAGUAACAGGAAAUGUCAGCAAGAAAACCAACUACCUUGUCAUGGGUCGUGAUAGUGGACAGUCCAAGAGUGAUAAGGCAGCAGCCUUGGGGACAAAAAUUAUUGAUGAAGAUGGACUGUUGAAUUUGAUUCGAACUAUGCCAGGCAAGAAGUCUAAAUAUGAAAUAGCAGUUGAAGCUGAGAUGAAGAAAGAAAAAUCCAAAUUGGAGAGAACACCCCAAAAAAAUAAUCAAGGAAAAAGAAAAAGUAGUCCAACCAAGAAGGAGUCAGAAUCUAAAAGGAAGAAGCUAACUCCUAAAAGGGACAGUUCUGUAAAGGCAAUAAGAAAGGAGACACAGGAAACAAACGUGCCUCGGAAAGGCCUGGACUUUAAGGAGCAGGUGGCCCAGGACACACAGGGUGACAGUAAGGCUAGGGAUUUGGCUGACAGCGGUGAAAGCAAAGUGGAAAAUUUGCUCUGGGUAGAUAAAUACAAGCCAACUUCACUCAAGACUAUAAUUGGACAGCAAGGUGACCAGAGUUGUGCCAAUAAACUGCUACGCUGGCUCCGAAACUGGCACAAGAGUUCUCCUGAAGAGAAGAAACAUGCAAAGUUUGGUAAAUUUGCCGGUAAAGACGAUGGCUCUAGUUUUAAAGCAGCAUUGCUCUCAGGCCCUCCUGGUGUUGGCAAAACCACCACAGCUUCUCUGGUGUGUCAGGAAUUGGGAUAUAGCUACGUGGAACUAAAUGCAAGUGACACUCGGAGUAAGAACAGUUUGAAGGCACUUGUUGCUGAAUCACUGAAUAACACCAGCAUCAAAGGCUUUUAUUCAAGCUCUGGUGGAGCAGCCCCUUCCAUAAGCAUGAAACACGCGCUCAUCAUGGAUGAAGUAGACGGCAUGGCAGGCAGUGAAGACCGGGGCGGAGUGCAGGAAUUAAUUGGCCUGAUAAAACAUACUAAAAUACCCAUUAUUUGUAUGUGUAAUGAUAGAAAUCAUCCCAAGAUUCGCUCUUUGGUUCAUUAUUGUUUUGAUCUUCGUUUUCAAAGACCUCGGGUUGAACAGAUAAAGGGUGCUAUGAUGUCCAUUGCAUUUAAAGAGGGUUUAAAGAUUCCCCCUCCUGCUAUGAAUGAAAUAAUUUUAGGAGCCAAUCAAGAUAUCAGACAGGUUUUGCACAAUCUGAGUAUGUGGUGUGCACGAAGCAAGGCGCUAACCUACGACCAGGCCAAGGCCGACUCUCAUAGGGCCAAGAAGGAUAUCAAACUGGGCCCAUUUGAUGUUGCCCGGAAAGUGUUUGCAGUUGGAGAGGAGACUGCUCAUAUGUCACUUAUGGACAAAUCAGAUCUCUUUUUUCAUGACUAUUCAAUAGCACCCCUCUUUGUCCAGGAGAACUAUGUGCAUGUGAAGCCUGUAGCUGCAGGGGGUGACAUGAAAAAGCACUUGAUGCUUUUGAGCCGAGCAGCAGACAGCAUUUGUGAUGGGGACUUAGUGGACAGUCAGAUUCGGAGUAAGCAAAACUGGAGUCUUCUGCCCACACAGGCCAUUUAUGCCAGUGUUCUUCCUGGAGAGUUGAUGAGGGGGUACAUGACCCAGUUUCCCACCUUUCCGAGCUGGCUGGGCAAGCACUCAUCCACCGGCAAACAUGAUCGUAUUGUUCAGGAACUAGCAUUGCAUAUGAGUCUCAGAACUUACUCUAGCAAAAGGACUGUGAACAUGGAUUAUCUGUCACACAUAAGAGAUGCACUUGUACAACCCUUGACUUCACAAGGGGUGGAAGGAAUACAGGAUGUUGUUGCACUUAUGGACACAUAUUAUCUGAUGAAAGAAGACUUUGAGAAUAUCAUGGAAAUUAGCAGCUGGGGUGGCAAACCUAGUCCCUUUUCCAAGCUGGACCCCAAGGUGAAAGCAGCUUUCACAAGAGCUUACAAUAAGGAAGCCCACCUCACCCCAUAUUCACUUCAGGUAAUAAAGACAUCUAGACCCAGCACGAGCUCAGCACUAGAUUCUGAAUACAAUGAAGAAUUACAUGAAGAUGACUCUCAGUCUGAGGAGAAAGACCAAGAUGCUAUAGAGACUGACGCUAUGAUCAAGAAAAAGACAAAAUCUCCAAAGCCUUCAAAACCAGAAAAAGAUAAGGAGUCCAAAAAAGGAAAAGGAAAAAGUUUGAAGAAAUGAAACCAUUUUUUCACCAACAGCCACUUUUUAUCUACCCUCCUGACCAGUCCAGCUGGUCUAGAGUAAGCCUCGUUUUUUCCAGGGGAGCCAUGUUUAGCAUAAUGGGAUGACAUGGUGGUCCCAUUCCAAAGGCAGCACAGCUGGGAUGUAACCGGUAGGCUCGUGCACACCUCUCAUAGAGGUCUGUAGGACUAUGUGGGUGCUCCACUGUCCCCUGCCAAUCUAAUUAGAUUGUUGUACUUCAGAUGACUGUGUAUAAUUAGAACCAGAAACUGCAUGUGGGCUUUCGUGCCAGAUUUUCAUUAACAAUGAUAAAUCUGAGAGCAGGGGUACGAAGGUGUCUUUUGUAGGUUUAAGAAUUUAUCCUAAUGGCCUUUAUAGGACCAAUGCUGAUUUUUUUUAAAGGUAGUUCUUAUUAUGUGGUGAAAUUUUGUAAAUAAAUCAAUACAAAACAUUCACCACCUAGAACUGGGUAUUCUUUGUACAUUGUCAAGCAUCUUACAGAGUAUAAAUUAGGAAUAAAAAUGUUCCACAUGAUACAUGUACAAAUUUUUCUCAAGAUUGUCAUCUUGUACAGCAAAAUAGUAUGUUGGUGUAUUACUUUCCUUAUUAGUUUGCAAAUGAGUGGAUUAAAGGCUCAUUAUAUUCCGUACUAACCAGUUGUGUGAAACAUGACUGGCAGUUGAAGAGCCAGAGCUGGAAUUUCCAGCUUCCCUCCCUCCAGUGCUGACCACAGUCAUGCACCUCUCUCAUGGAGAGGCCCUCUUUGUUGCUAGUAGAGGGUAGGGCCAUAGGAUUGCCAGGCGUGCCCGCCCUUGUGCAUCUCAUUAGGUUCAAACCAGUAGGGCUCAGGCAGGGUUUCUUAGGCUUACUUUGGCUGUAGAUGGGGUUCUGUCCUGUGAUGGAUCUGUUGGAACUUCAGGCUGUACCUAGAGAUAUGCUUGCCAGUGGCUCUGAAGGUUAUGGAUCUAACCUGGAAUUUAGUUUUCUAGCUAUUUUUUUGAUCUUGUCAGAAAUGCUCAGAGGUGUGUGCUGCCUCUGUGAGGUAUAUGCUAAAAGGAAUAUAAAAUAAGGAUAGUGGUAACUUGCCUUCAAGGACUGAUAAUCUUGUUUGGGAGAUUGGACAAAGUUCUGGAGACUUUUGAAGUAUCUUUCAUGGAGAUUAAUUCAUUAUGAAAAUAAAAUUUUGCCUUAAGCCUUUA